GCGCGCGACGUCAGUCCCAUUGGGUUAUUUUAAACAGAACAAAAUGGCGGAGGAGAGAGAGUUGAGGAACCGCAGUCAUUCACAGCGAAACUGUAAAAGCUAUGUCUUCUCGGAAGGUGGGAGUGGUGUGGAGGAGGUACCACUAAGGCGGACAUGGGUGCCACCAGCCCGUGGAGAGGAGUUGCCUGAAAUAGGGGCAGCCUGCCCUGUCCAGAUUGUACUGACAGAUGAUGAAGAGCACCAAUUUGAACUGGACGAGGGCGCCCUGGAGAGCGUCCUCAUGCAGGAACACGUGCGUGACCUGGACGUGGUGGUGGUGUCGGUGGCUGGCGCGUUCCGCAAGGGCAAGUCUUUCCUGCUUGAUUUCAUGCUGCGCUAUAUGUACAACCAGAAGUCUAACUUGUGGCUGGGCACGGAUGAGGACCCUUUAACUGGCUUCUCCUGGAGGGGGGGUUGUGAGAGGGAGACGACGGGUAUACAAGUGUGGAGCGAAGUGUUUGUGGUUGACAAACCAGAUGGUAGCAAGGUGGCAGUUCUUUUAGUUGACACUCAGGGGGCCUUUGACAGCCAGUCAACAAUUAAAGAUUGUGCCACCGUGUUUGCACUGAGCACCAUGACCAGCUCUGUCCAGGUUUAUAACUUGACACAGAACAUCCAAGAAGAUGACCUACAGCAUCUUCAGCUCUUCACAGAAUAUGGACGACUCGCCAUGGAGGAAAUCUAUAGGAAACCUUUUCAGACGCUUAUGUUCCUAAUAAGAGACUGGAGUUACCCCUAUGAGCAUCCGUAUGGCUUAGAGGGAGGGAAGAGGUUCUUGGAGAAGAGACUGCAGGUCAAACAGAACCAACAUGAGGAACUGCAGAAUGUCAGGAAACAUAUCCAUUCCUGCUUCUCCAAUAUCAGUUGCUUCCUGCUGCCACAUCCUGGUCUCAAAGUUGCCACCAACCCUUGGUUUGAUGGACGACUCAAAGAUAUUGAUGAUGAUUUUAAGAAGGAGUUGGAAAACCUUGUACCCUUGCUACUAUCCCCAGAAAAACUAGUGGUGAAGGAGAUUGGUGGAUCCAAAGUGACUUGCAGGGAUCUUGUUGAAUAUUUCAAAGCUUACAUCAAGAUAUAUCAAGGAGAGGAACUGCCUCAUCCCAAGUCCAUGUUACAGGCAACUGCUGAAGCCAACAACCUUGCAGCUGUUGCUGGGGCAAAGGAUAGUUAUAACAAAAGUAUGGAGCAGGUGUGCGGCGGAGACAAGCCCUACAUCGCUCCUGCAGACCUGGAACGUAGUCACGAGGAGUUCAAGCAAAGCUCAAUCAAGCAGUUCCGUGCUGUGAAGAAGAUGGGCGGCGAGGAGUUCUGCCGGCGCUACCAGGAGCAGCUGGAGAGCGAGCUGGACGAAGCCUAUGCCAACUUCAUCAAGCACAAUGACAGCAAGAACAUCUUCUAUGCUGCGCGCACGCCUGCCACCCUCUUUGCCGUUAUGUUUGCCAUGUACAUCAUCUCAGGAGUGACUGGAUUCAUUGGUUUGAACAGUAUAGCCACAGUGUGCAACCUGGUCAUGGGCGUGGCGCUGAUAUCCCUCUGCAUAUGGGCCUACGUCAAAUACUCAGGGGAGUUCCGCGAACUGGGUGCAGUCAUCGACCAGGUGGCCGAGACCCUCUGGGAACAGAGGACUCCACGAAAGGUGUUUUCCAAACUGUUUGAGGUGGCAAGAAGUCGCAUGAUGGGGCACACUUUUGUACCAGCACAGAGAAAGAGACUAUCCUCAAACAACAAUAUCAAGAAGAAAAAAUAGCUACUGCACUGACUUUUUAAACUUGAUUUUACUUUCCUGGUUAACAAAAUUGCGAUGUGCGCCGGUUUAAAACUGUGUGUGCCUGUUUCACAGCCAGGUAGACUACAGGUUUGCUUUUUUUUUUUUUUUUUUUGUAUAAAUGGGUGCUUGACAGGGGUGGGAUGGUUGUAGUGGCUCAUAUUUUUGACCUCAGACCUUCUAGGUGUGUUUUUUUUAAAACAUUCUCUGCUUAAACUGUAAUUGUGUGCUCUGCAUCCCAGCUUUUUCCUUUUAAUUCCUCUUUGGUCUCAUAUUCCCAUCUUUUUUUUCUCUCACAUUCUCACUUUCCAGGUGUUGAAGCCUCUGAGUGAUCACUAUAUGGAGGAUAACAUUAGGCAAAGCGUGGCAAAUUCCAUCAAAGCCAGUCUGAGCGAGCAGGUGACGCAGCACGCCAAGUUAAAGGCCAAUUGAGGGUGGCACUAGUGUUCCCUGACAGCCUAAGGAACCACAAACCAAAGUUUACAUUCUUACAUGCUGUAGGUAGCUCACCAGGCAUCUAUUUAGUCAGUACUCCUGCCCUGCUGGUCAUGACUUUGAACAGUGUUGCCUGUCCUCCCUUCCUGCCCCACUUCAGAUUAAAGGGCUGAUGUAGCAUUUCCCCCUCAGUCCUGAGCCCUUAAAAUGCAACACCCAUGUGGCAUUAUCAGGGAAAAGAGGUAUCUCUGCUGCUUCCUGUCAUGUUAUAGCCAAGCUAAAACUUAACAACCGGUUCAGUAGAAAUCGCAACAAGGUAAAGACAGGAAGCGUUACAUCAACGCAAACUGUAAAGACUCGAAUCCACCCCAUGCUGUGACAUGUAAAGCGCUGUAGUUAAGCAGCACUCCCCUGAACUGUACACUGCCAUGCCUUUUCUUCCUUCUUUCUUAAACCUCUAGAAGCUCCUGAAAUAUCACAGCCGUUCUAAAACUGAUCGACUUUAUUAGCAAUAUAGCAGUUGCAACACUUUUGCCAAUCUUGUUCGGAAUUCCAUCCAAAAAUUAUCACCUGUAAGCACUUUUCUGCAGUUUAGCUUUUAUAUCAAAUUAAAUACAGCAUGUGUAAUGUAUAAACUAUCAAUUUCGUAGACCUUUCUGUAGUGGAACAAUGGUUCUGUGAUAGGGCAAAGAUCAGUUUGUCAGUGUUUACAUGUCACAUUGCUUUCUUUUAAUGUUUGUGAAGUAACCUGCCUUGAGCACUGCAAUUCCACCCCUUGCAAAGCAUUUUGCAUUGUUAGUUUUCUUUGUUGCAAUUUAAAGGUAUUUUCUGUAAUUUAUUUUUCAAUACAAGAUUAAAACUACUACAUAUAAA